CAUUCUUCGGGCGGCACAGAUCUUGCUUCCCGGAGAAGAGAGAUGUUUCCAUCUCGUGUUCGGUUUGCAUUAUUUUUUUCUUCAACGAUAAUUUUAGCGACGUGUUUAAUCUUGGUUUUCCAAUUCGUUGGUUGUUGAAGCAAGAACAUGAACGCUGCAUUGUCUCAAAAUAUAGUGUGGGUGGAUCUUGAGCUGACAGGCUUGGACAUUGAAAAUGACAAGAUAAUGGAAAUGGCAUGCAUCAUUACAGACUCCAACUUGAACAUUUUGGCUGAAGGGCCCAAUAUGAUUAUAGCCCAGUCCAAUGAAAUACUGGAAUCCAUGUCAAAGUGGUGCACAGAUCAUCAUGGCAAGUCAGGAUUGACUGAAGCAGUACGGCAGAGUAAAAUCACACUGGAACAAGCAGAGGAUGAAUUUCUUUCCUUUGUCAGACAACACACUCCACCUGGACAAUGUCCCCUAGCGGGAAAUUCUGUGCAUGCAGACAAAAGAUUCCUGGACAAAUAUAUGCCACAGUUCAUGAAUCACCUCCACUACAGAAUAAUUGAUGUCAGUACAAUUAAGGAGCUUUGCAGAACAGGCCCAUGGGCUACUCUGUGUAAAGGUCUCGCGGUCAAGCGACUACUGGACCGGCACGUCCUUCUCCUUCUCUGUCUCCGUGCGUUCUGCUCGAGAGUGACCGCCCAAGAAAACGAGGUGGUUUCCAGUGGAAUAUGAGAUGGUGCCAUGCAAGAAAGCAAGCCACAGAGCUUUGGAGGACAUCCGGGAGAGCAUAAAAGAGCUGCAGUACUACAGAGCCAGCAUCUUCAAAGCAACUUGAGAAAUUGAACAAGAUUGUUAAAAAAACAGCAGUAAUAAUAAUUUCUCAAAUUUCAAGAUGAAGGUGCCUUCUGAUAUCAGCCAAAUCUGUGAGGAAUUAUUAAAAAUGAAAAUUAUGUAUAGUUUUGAUAUGACAAUUUCUGUAUUCAAAAGGUGAUUGCCUCAUCAAAAUAGUUAAAAAUAAAAUAUCCUAAAUUCA